AUGUCAUCAGUCCUCAAUCACGCCCGAAGCCUUUCGGGAACACCACGGCGGAGAGCAUGUCUGCUCAUUAACAGUCAUUUAGAUAAGCCAAAGCCUGGUGGAAUUAAGCCUGCGGUAUAUUCUCCGCGCAAUAGAGUCCCGUCUGUCUUCAACUCAGGCAGUCUUCGUUUUUUCCAAUCCGUCUCGCUCCUCAACCGGCCUGUCUCGCUUCCAAUCGACAUCGAACCAUACCGAGAGAACUCGUCCAGUAAUCGAACUUCAGAAAGCAAUCCAGCUGCCGACCCACGUUCAAGUUCACGUCUAUCUCCAAUCUCAAAUCCACAUGUUGCAAACGAGAAGUUGAAGCCUGUUGCUUCCAACGUCAAUGUCAGAACCAAGCCGAAACCCGCUGAAUACCUAUCCAAAGCACUGAAAAACAAUGGACAUCCGCUCGGUUAUGGCGAUCAAUUGAUCGGCACUGAUUGCGCUGGUCCCCGGCACCUCAAUCGAAUCAAACAAAGGACAGUUGGCCGGCCAAGAAGACCAUCCUUGCCCGUUAUACUCGGGGAGUAUAUUCGUGAGGUCGAUCCUUUGGUCUCGCGAAACUCGACAGAGCAUGCAGAGAAAUACUUGGAUACUGCUUUGAAAAGUGUCUUCAGGGACACCAACAGUGAAUUUCUAACCGCACGCGGGUACAGUCCUGCCGAUAUCACUUCUUGGGCAUGGAUUUUGACAAGCCGGAGCUCCCACGAGGCAGCAGAACGGUUAUUCUUAUUGGAGUCCAACGCGGUGAAGAAUGGUGCUAAAUGCCCAACUGUCCCUUCAUUUGUUCUCCUCUAUCUUCUGCGACAACAAAACAUUGAUGCCCACACCUUGCGCUUGCUUCUGAUUCAUUCUCUGCAUCUGAUGAGUGGCCAGCCACUUCUUCCGAAUGACCAUCGUGCCGAAGCCGCGGAAGAAGACAUCAACUUGCCUCCUAUUGAUUCUCACGCUAGCAUAGACUCUGGAACUUGCAUGUUAUUAGUUGUGCGCUUGAUCCGUCAUGCACAGCGCGUCUGGCCGCAGGCCCUUCUCACCAUUGCGCGUGCAUUCGCUGAAUUUUUCACGACACCAAGAGCGAAUGCGGCUGAAAGGUCGCCAAUCGAAAAGCGACACGAUGAUCGCGUCAAGACCGACAAAUUCAACGAAUGUUUAUGGAUGCUUUCUCUUCCAGCGAAGCUUGCACCCUACCGGUCCACCCCUGUUCAACAGCAAGCUCAGUUUGAGCUUCUCAGAGCUAUGGCUACCCAUAAGCCCGUUCUUCCCGUCACAAGACAGGGCUAUCGUGCAAUCGUCGCAGUUCAGCUAGCCCACAAGAAAACUACCGAGGAACGGAAAUCUGCAGAGUUGAAGGCCCCAUCGUGGCCUCCCUGGAAAGAGGAGAAACUUGGAAUUGACUCUCUGCGUGGCAAUGAUGGGAUGUAUAGCCGUGCCAUGCAGGUUCUUUCACAAAUGGCGGAUGCCGGCUACUCCCGUCGUCUUUACGAAGACAUUUCCUCUAUUUUGGCGGGCUGGGAUACAGACCACAGCCCGACGGUACAGACAAGGGCCAUGAUGCGAUGUCCGCAGGCUUUACCGGAUGCCCAUAUAUCCAAGCAAAACCACCACCAGGUAUGGGUUGCGCGGAUUCGCUCUACAAGGACUGUUCGUGAAGCCUGGGCUUGUUUCCUAUCAUACCAAGACCAGGGCCUUCCUGCCAAAGAGGCAAUCUUCGUUGCAAUGGCCGAAAAAUUAAUAUACCGAAGAGCUGCAAUUGAGCGCAGACUUGAUCACGCAAAUCCAAGUCUGCCAGGUGAUGGCCGCGAGGUUCAUCCUGAACCGGCCUCAGCGCGCGACAUCAUAUAUGUCUCCAAGGAGCCACCCACGUUGGAUGAGUUUCUUGACCAAAUGCUUGCACAGGGGUUCCUCCCUUCCGGUCGCUUCCUGGGUCUACUUCUUCAGUCUGCACCGUCUAUGCACGCAGGAAUGCAGUAUCUUCUUUACAGUGAUCUGACCAGCGCUCAACUUGCGACGCUGACCGUUGUGCAAGCCGAGACACGUGACUACGACUCAAUCGACCCGGCUGCCUUUCAGGCAGUGCCUGAUUUGGUAUUUGCGUCAUUCAUCAAGUUAUUAUGCGUUCAUUCCAGCACUGGCCCGUCGCCAACUCGACACCGAAACUUCCCCACAGCGGACCACUUUCUCACCCUGAUGGAUCGCGGGCACUCGAAGGAACAAAAACUCGACCUUUUGGCAUAUGUCGAGAAACAUCCUGAAAACGAUAGUUACCCGCGAGUAUUAUGGCAUGCGGUCCAUUUGACAAAGAUGAGACGCAAUGCUUACCCACCGGCCUGGAAGCACAUCUUGUCUUUCUUGGCCCGCGGCCGCUUAGGGGGGUUCCAUGGGCCAAGAAGUCGAAGCCUGCAGCGUAUUCUCGCCUGGCACCAGACUCUCAAGGUUGUGGAUUGGAUGCGGCAACGUAAUAUCGAACUUGGCGAUGAUGGCUUUCAAACCCUAUGUGUCGCAUUUACAAAGGCCAUUGAUGCUGGCUUCAGACACCCAGACACUGUCGAAGACAGUUUCGUUCUGAUUCACAAGGCUCGCGCUCGUCGCCUCGAGCCCACGGAGGAAGGCGACGACGACUUUGAUGCUUUCCUGCAGCACGCACUUGAAGUCUUGAAGAGCCAGUUUGAUCAUCUUGUUCUCCCAACCUCCAAAACCUCGGCGCAGGCGGAGCAGAGUAUUUUCGCCGCAGCGCAUGGGCACAAUACUCCAGCUACUGUGCCUUCGAUGCUCCAUACCCCAUCACCUGCUACUCUCCAUUCCUUUGUUCGAGCAUUGGGCUUUGUAGGCGAUGACGAUGGGCUGUUACAUCUGUUGCAGUGGAUGAGCCAGUCCGAUGAUCUACUUCGCGAAGCCGCGGAUGAACAUUCCAACGGGGGCAGACUUAUGCACAGGACCCUUGUGGCGAUCAGGGUGUUCUUGGAGCGGCGACAAGGACAAACAGUUGACAGUCGGGUACCGUCGGACGUGGUGCAGCAGGCAUACGACCUGGUCAGGCGGACUGGUUGGGACUGGCCAAGUGAUGCGGAGGUGGAUGAAUACUGUCGAUGA